AUGGACCCCAGAGGUCCCUAUUGUGAUGGUCCUUUUCAAGCAACUCAGCUGUGGAAUAGUAUUAUUCAUGCUCUUCACAGUCAGGUGGAAAUCAAAAGACGUAGACAACAUCUAAAAACGUAUAAAAACUGUUUCACCGGCUCAAAUGCUGUUGAUGUGGUACUGAGCCAUCUUAUGCAAAGCAUGUACCUAAGCUGCAAUGAUAUUUCUCGGCUGAAGGGAGUCCGUGUAUGCCAAGCGUUGAUGGAUCACAAGGUGUUUGAGCCAGUUGGAGCAAAGCUUUACUUAUUCAGGAAUGAGAAAGAAACAGAGUUUGAAGACACAAACACUAGUCUCUAUAAAUUUGUAAAUAGCAGUCUUAGUCCUCAUCUUCCGAGAAAGAAUAAAGACAAUGAGAGCUUGUCUCCUGAGCAAAUCUGCAAACAGAAGACAAAAAGACGUUCCAAAACGAAGUGUGAAACAACACUUUCAAACCCCUUAGCAUUAGAAGCAGCCGAUAAAAAGAGGGUAGAGGAGCUUCUUCAAUCAAUAAAUGUUCACGCAUCUUUACCUCCAAAGAUCACGGUUAAUGAACCAACUCAUCGGCUUUCAAAAAGAGUAAUAGAAGAUGUCUGGAAACAGCAAACUCUGCUACGACUGCUGCAGUUAAUUGAUGUUCCGCUUCUAGAAGAUGUCUUGGUGUCUUCAGUGAAGACAAAACCAGACUGUUUUGGCAAAGAAGACGACCUGAUUAUCUCAAAUACUUUCCUGGACAGAGAGGUUACAUGUAGCUUAAACUUGCCUGAGCUUGACAAAUGGCUCUAUGCUGCAAUUGAAUGCUUGGAGUAUUUCCCAGACCAAUUCAUAGUGAUGGUUAGUCAGCAGUUACCUCAAAGCACUAACAAACCCAGCAGUCUGAAUACAUACAAGAAGAUUCUUUUUGACAUUAUAAUAAAGUAUUAUAGUCAAAAGAAGGACUCCCUUCUUGCCACUCAGGAUCUCGAUAUUCAUUCAGGAAUUAUAGAACUUAUAGAAAAAGGAAAAACAGAUCAAGCUCUAGAGGCAUCACAACUUUAUUUAAAACUUUUAGCACCAAAUAUCCGAGAAGAACUACAUAGACUCCUGACAUUCAUAGCCAUUGCAUCCGAAUCUGAGGGGUACAAAUUACAAAAACAAUUUGAUAACAGAUCGGUGGUCAUCAAGACUUGCACAAAGUUCAUCUUACAAAAUAAGACAUUGUCAAAACCACAGGCAGAACUGCUGACUCAGUUUCUGAUGGACAAUCACUCCGAGCUCUUCAAGACUCCUUUAACUCUUCUGGAGCUAACUGGUAGGAGACUUGAGAGUUUGCUAGAAGGACAAGAUCCGGAUAUCGAUUCAGGCUUCACCUUCUGUCAGCGCGUGACAACUAAAGAAUAUGAAGAUCAAAAACAACAAACAAAGCAGUAUCUUCUCGCAUUGGUUCAAGAGAUAGACAAUGACCCCGCUAUUCCUUUGAAGCAGAAGAAGAAAUUAAUUAAAGAAUUCCGAAAAUACCAUUCUCUCAUCUACUGUAGUGGUUGUAAAACUACAUGUGAAUUUUGUACCCUAAAUGGUUAG